AUGAGCUUAUUCGUUUCACUUCCUCUUUCUCUUUGCGGUCGUCGAAAAGGAAAAGAUGAGGAGUACAGCAACAAAAGUGAUCUGUCUCUGCCUCCUCUGGUAUGUCAGCGGGGCCGGUAACAGCAUCGCUGCAAAGAAGGCUCUAUCAAUUUUUCCUUAUCCUAUGACAGUAUCAAUGCUUCAUUUAUUAGCAAUGAACUGUCUAUUAGGGCCAGCCCUAACUCUCCUCGACAUCCCGCCCACGCCUCAUUUAAGCAAGAGGUUCUAUAUUAAGAGACUCAUUCCGCUAGCUAUCAGUAAAGGACUGGGAUCAAUAUCGAGCCACUUUAGCUUGUGGAGAGUUCCAGUUUCUUACCUGCAUACUGUCAAGGCUUUAGUUCCAUUAUUUACAGUAGUCCUUUCAACAAUAAUUUUAAAAGAAUCUUACUCAUGGAAGGUAUAUGUUAGUUUACUGCCAAUUGUGUGUGGAGUACUGAUGGCUACUGUCACUGAACUGAGUUUUGACAUGAUUGGAAUGAUAUCAGCUACACUGGCUACGCUACUGUUUGCAUUGACUAACAUAUAUUCUAAAAAGAGUAUGAGGGAAGUGCAGAUUAAUCACUUAAGACUGUUGCUUUUAUUGACUCAGUUAGCUACAAUAUUCUUAUUUCCUACGUGGAUGUACUUUGAUGUAUGGAAUAUUGUCAAUAAUGUAUACAAGAUUCAACACAUCAGUUGGUUGGGUCUCAUGUUAGCCACUAGUGCUAUCAUGAGUUUCAUUCAAAGCAUUGUCUCAUUUUCUCUCCUCUCUCUCAUUUCUCCAGUGGGUUACUCGGUCGCUAACGCCAGCAAGAGGAUCAUAGUGAUCACAACGUCACUCGUGUUUCUACGGAAUCCAGUCACCCCCUACAACGCACUGGGAAUGGUAAUAGCUAUAUCAGGAGUCGCACUGUAUAACAAGAUAAAAUCUGAUAUACAAAUGAGGAGAAGCAUUCUUCCUAAGUCCCUCAAUGACAUCGCUAGUAGUAGCAGUAAUUCUAUAGCAAGCCUAUUGAUGUCAAGAAUAAUAUAACACAAUAUUAAUUUAUUUAUUUGAUUUAUAUUUCAUUUCAUUAUAUACGGGUAAUAAUUUUCAGUUGAUACCAUUCAAAAUAUUAAAAAAUUUAUAUCAA